CCGGCGGCCGAGAGUGAGACGGUGGAAAGGAUGCUGAACGCGGAUCGCCUCUCUCAGCCGGGGCUCGAGUAUCUGGCCCAAAGGCACGUCAUUACUUAUAUGGAAGAUGCAGUGAGUCAGCUACUAGAAAGCAAGGAAGAUAUUGGUCAAUAUGGCAUUGCCAGAUUCUUCACUGAAUAUUUUACUAGUGUGCGUCAAGGAACUCAUAUUUUGUUCCGAGAGUUCAACUUUGUCCAAGCUACACCUCAUAAUAGAACAUCCUUUCUAAGGACUUUUUGGCGAUGCUUCAGGACAGUGGGGAAAAAUGGAGGAUUGUUUUAAUGGAUGAUGCUGUGGACUGUUUGAUGUCUUUUUCAGACUUCCUGUUUGCCUUCCAGAUCCAGUUUUACUACUCAGAGUUUAUUGAAAAUGUGGCUGCCAUCUAUCAAGAACUCUUGACAGGCAAAAACCCAAACACCGUGAUUGUGCCUACAUCGUCGUCUGGGCAGCAUCGUUCGCGUCAAGCUCUCAAUGAGUGCAGUCCAGUUGAUGGAGUGGAGGCAUCUGCAUUUUACCAGUGCCUUGAAUCAUUAUGUGACAAAUCCAAAUACAGCUGCCCCCCAGCCACUAUUCUCAAGGAAAUUCUGAGCAAUGUACAGAGAGUAACUUUCUAUGGAUUUCUGAUGGCUCUUGCAAAGCAUCAUGGGCUCAACAAAACUAUUGGAGCUCUUCCUGAGAAAGCAGAGUUGCUAAUUGACCCAGUUAUGGAUCAGGAAUUAGAGAAACUGAUUGCAUCAAUUUCAGGCCUUUCAGUAUCCACUUCUAGUGCAAGUGGGGAUGCAACAAACAUGCCUUCUCGUGCUUCACCACGUAUCUGUCCCCUUUGGAGGCCACUCCACCAUCGUCGGAAAGUGGAUACUGAAAGUGAUGGCUCCACAGAAGAGACAGAUUCUUCAGACAACUGAUUAAAGGAAUAUACAAUGGUUACCAGGUCCUUAUAACUGAAGUGUUGGAUUUCGGGGAAAGGGAGACGGAGACCUAUGGCAAUUGUAGGAUCAUACUGCUCUCUUGUGGCAAACAUGUCAAAUUAAUUGAAAUACGAGAGCAUUUGUUUCAAUGUUAAGAAAUUUAAUUCUCUGUGUUGAGUUUGCAUUGCUGUCCUUUGAUCUCUGUUUUACACACUUCUCCCUACAUAUGAACCCCUUAUUAUAUUGCUUGGUAUUAACAUAUUUUAUGAAAGUCCAGAUCAGAAAGGAAAACACAUGGCUCAGAGGAGUGGGUAAUUUUUUCACUGUGGGUUGAGGAUGAGACCUGUGAACUAUGUAUAGAAAAUAAAGAACGUUGCACUAGGAGGUA